AUGGAUGAUUUAUACAUACUUAUUCACGAUAAAACAAAAAAACAAGAAGGAAGUCAUCGAGUAGCAGCUGAAAUUGUUGCUGGCAUGAUUCGUGGUUCAAAACAUUGGACUUUAGAUAUGCUCGAUGAACUUUGGAAAAAAUUAACACCAUUUCUUAAUGAAGUUUGUACGAAUCUUAGUGUAGAAACUGUUUCACAUUGGGGUUCAUGUUUUAAAUAUGGAAUGGAAGAUGAAGAUCCACGUCGAAUGUAUCGUCCUAUUGAAUUCCUUCGUUCAUUAAUGAACAAUCAAACAAUGGGAAAUACAUUUCUCGAAACAUCACAAUGGUCUCUUAUUCAAAAGUUAAGUAAUUUUGAGUGGCGUAUCCCUGCAAUAUGGUGUGCAAUAAAUCAAUAUGCUAACGAACUUCUUGAUCAUCCAUAUAAAGCAAUACGAGAACGUAUUGCUAGUGUUUUAGGAACUUCACUUAGUUUUGAUAUAAAAUUACCAAAUGGUCAAUCAACACGUCAUCCAAAUGUUGAUCAAUUUAUUGAUAGUAUUCGUGAACGAUUAGAUCAAGCAAUAAGAAUCUCUGGAAAAAAACCAUUAGUAAUUCAACUAUAUACACAGAUAUUCUCUGCUCAUAUUCAACCAGUAAAACAUGGCAUUAUUCGUAUUUUUCCUCAUCUCUGUGAAACCGAUAGUAUUGCAGCCAAUGACGAUUUUAUUCGAAACAGUUCAAUUAGUUGUCGUAUGUGCUUGGCUGUAACUUAUUUCGAUACAUCGUUUAUUGAAGAAUUAGUUGAACAAUUAGAACAAGUGAGUUAA